UUCUCUCUCUAGAUUUGCUCCUCCCUUUAUGGCUCGGACGGUUGAUCCGUUGGUCGUUGGCAAGGUGAUUGGAGAUGUGAUGGACAUGUUCAUGCCUAGUGUUAGGUUUGUUGUUCACUAUGGUCCUAAACAAGUCACUAAUGGUUGUGACAUCAAGCCUUCUAUCACCGUUCACCCUCCAAAUGUCCAAAUUGCUGGUCAUCCUGACAAUCUCUUUACCAUUGUGAUGACAGACCCUGAUGCACCUAGCCCAAGUGAGCCAAGCAUGAGAGAAUGGGUCCACUGGAUUGUCACCAAUAUUCCUGGUGGCUCUGAUCCCUCUCAAGGAAGGGAGAUUCUCCCAUACAUUGCCCCUCGGCCCCCAAUUGGCAUCCACAGGUUCAUCUUCGUGCUCUUCAAGCAGCAAACUCCUCUCUCUCUCGUCGCCCACCCCCUCCCCUCCACACGUGCCAACUUCAGCACGCGUGCCUUCGCCGCUCAUAACGGCCUCGGCCUCCCUGUUGCCGCCGUCUAUUUUAACGCCCAAAAGGAGCCCGCCAACAAGAAGCGCUGAGCCUCCUCCGCCCGCCACGUGUCUCUGCCGUUAACCUCCGUCUCACCGCAUAAAUAAAUUUCAACAGAAUCUAUAUACUCGCUAGGGCCGUUAUCUCGGGUCUUUUUCGCCGUUUUUUGUGUUGGAAAUAACGGUAGGGGCAUGGUUGGUAUUUUGUGUUUUUCAA